CCACAGCUCCAGCAAUGAAUGAGUGCGCGGCCGGGCGCAGGCCUGCUUUGAGCAGCCGCCUCGGGUUCAGCUGGAGCGUGAGCGAGUGACUGACUGGUGUAAUCCUGGAGUUGGGGGCUGAAUGCUGCACUGGUUCCGGCGGCGGCGGCGGAGGAGGAGGAGCAGCAGUAGCAGCGACUGAGUGUCCCCACCCCCCCCGGGGAGGGGGCUCCUGGGGAGCGGGAGCUGGAGCUCGAGCCGAGUGAAGUGGGGGCCGCGAGGCCGAGGCCCGGCUGGGGGGAGGAAGGGACAGGGAGAGGGAGCCUGGGCCCGGCCUCUCUCCCACAGUGAUGUGGAGUGCGCGCAUCUCCCCUCAGCCACCCGCCCAGCAUGGAAACUCAGGACGUCCCGAGAGGGACAAACGGUGAGGAGCGCCCGGCGCUGAGUGCCAACGGCGGCGGCACCGCCAGUACCACCAGCCCGAGGCUCCCGGGCCUCCUGUGGGAGCCCAAAUACAGCCUGGUGCAGGAGGUGGGCCGCGGCAGUUACGGUGUGGUCUACGAGGCGGUGGUGAGGAAGAGUGGGGCCCGGGUGGCCAUCAAGAAGAUCCGCUGCGACGCUCCGGAGAACGUGGAGCUGGCUCUGUCCGAGUUCUGGGCUCUGACCAGCCUCAAACGGCAGCAUGAGAAUGUGAUCCAGUUCGAGGAGUGUGUGCUGCAGAGGAACGGCAUGGCCCAGAAGAUGAGCCACGGCAACAAGCGCUCCGAGUUCUACCUGCGCUUGGUCGAGACCUCGCUGAAGGGCGAGCGGAUCCUGGGCGCCGGCGAGCCCUGUUACCUCUGGUUCGUCAUGGAGUUCUGCAACGGCGGCGACCUGAACCAGUACGUCCUGUCCCGGAGGCCCGACUCGGCCGUCAACACCAGCUUCAUGCUGCAGCUGACCAGCGCCAUCGCCUUCUUGCACAAGAACCACAUCGUCCACCGGGACCUGAAACCCGACAACAUCCUCAUCUCCGAGAAGUCGGGGGUCCCCAUUCUCAAAGUGGCCGAUUUCGGCCUCAGCAAAGUCUGCGUGGUGGGCGGAGGAGCGGCGACUAACAAAAACCUGAAUGUGAACAAGUGCUGGCUGUCUUCCGCUUGUGGCUCUGAUUUCUACAUGGCUCCAGAGGUUUGGGAAGGACACUACACGGCCAAGGCUGAUAUUUUCGCCCUCGGGAUCAUCAUAUGGGCCAUGAUUGAACGAAUAACCUUUAUUGAUGCUGAGACUAAGAAAGAGCUGCUUGGGACCUAUGUUAGGCAGGGCAGUGAGAUUGUACCUGUAGGGGAAGCAUUGCUAGAAAACCCAAAGAUGGAACUACACAUCCCACAGAAAAGGAGAACUUUCAUGUCUGAAGGGAUCAAGCAACUUAUUAAAGACAUGUUGGCUGCUAAUCCACAGGAUCGUCCCGACGCCUUUGAGUUAGAAACUAGGAUGGACCAGGUCACUUGUGCUGCAUAAAUUAUCUAUUAUAAAGUGGAUACUCUUGUAAAAGGCUGGAUAAAUUGGAACAUGAGCUUGCUGUCACGAAUGGAAAAUAAACUGAACAGCUUCCUUAGAAUGUACAGAGUUUGGAGUCUUUGCUGCAUUUAGAGCUUCAGCAUUAGCUGAUGUCAAGACGAGGAAAGCUAUGCAAUUAAAUUGCUAGGAAUUUUUUGGGAGGGGGGUGUUUGCCAUGCAAUAAACUUGUAUUUACACUAUUUGAUUGUACCUUCACUUUAUCUGAUUAAAUGGUGUGUCCUUGAAGAUUUAAUUGGGUGGAUUGAAUUCUUAAAACUGUGACCCUGUGUUGGUUAAUUUUGUUUUAUGUAAAGCAUUAGAUGUUAUUGGCAAGAAUUUGAGCAGCUGCACUUAUAUACCAGUAUGAUUUAUUUUAAAAUGAUCACCAUGAGUGACCAGAGUGCCUUAAAUUAUUUUGUCAUAUUCAUUGAUGCUAAACAGAAUUCGAGGAACUUUAAAUUUCAAAACGUUUUAAAUUUUUUGUCCUAAGGUAACUUACUGGGGAGCCAGUUUCUCUGAUAUGGCCUUGGUUGACGUGUUUCUGGUAGGCUGAAAACUGAGGAGAGUUAGUUCAACCAUAAAAUCAGUAGCUCCAUUGAAAUGAAAUGCUAAAUAAAGAACUUGGCCAUUUGGAAACUGAAGCUAAACACUUGUGGUCAUUCUUCCUCCUUCCCCCACCCUACCCUUAGUGGUAUUUGGUAAAUGGCAGCUGGAACUUUAGGUCAAGCAGGGUUUGGUAUUUGGAACCUGGACUUUGAGACAAGGCUAAAAUAAAUAACUGCCUCUCUCUCUCACUUAAAGAAUCUUGAAUGCAUGAAGUUCGAAUAAACUUAUCCAAUCUGUGCAUUUACUCUGACCACAGUAAAAAAAAACUACCACAGUCACUGUUACAGCUCAUCAGGAUGGUAGGUGUGGGAAGCAGAAAAUUCACAUUCUUUGAAAAUGGUGUACUUAAAGAGUUUUAACUCCACUAAUUGAGAGACUAUGGCAUGGAAUCUCGCUCCACUGGAGUGAAAAUCUGAGAUUCACGGUCAGUGUCCCUGUUUGCAGCAGUCAAAAUUUUCCACCUACGUGCUCGGAAAACACAGUACUGUGAAUCAGGUGUGCUGGCCCCUGCAUCAGGUACGGAGUCUAAAUUUUAGUUCUAUUAUCUUCUGCUGUGCAAUAACUGACCUAGGAGUUCUUGAUGCUGAUACUAUGUAACAAAUUAGAGUAGCGUCGUUCUUCAGCACAAAAAUGAUAUUCUUGUGUUACUGGCAAUUCUAGCAUAAAAGUUCUCCUGUUUUUUUGCCACUAGCUUAAACACUGAUAUUAUGGAGGCUGGCUCUCCAAAUCAUUCUGAACAGCUCUCGGCACUAAAGUUGCUACUAAGCUGUGACUUGAUCAACCAGGACAUACAGAUGCCAUAGACUCCAGCUGUUUGAAAUCUGGUGAGAUGAACCAAUUUAGGCAUAUUUCCACUGAAGUUUGAUCUCAUUUUAAUUGCUUAGUCUCCCUCUGUAAUGUCAAAUAUUCAAUAAUUAGUUUUCAAAACUGCAAAAUCAGGAUAAUUUUUUUAAAGGCUGAGCUGUUUUAAUUUAAUACCAGAACAACAUUUCUAAAAAUCAUUCAAGGUUUGAGUAUUGGAUUCUUGGUGGAAUGAUGCAAACAAAAGAAAAUUGGGAAUCUUUCCACUAAAAAUGGUCUUGGGUGACAUUCAUUUUUCAGCAUGCAAUACUGAAUAAUUUUUUGAAAACUUUCCAAGCUCAAUUGUAAAGUAAUUUAUCCCACUUCUGUCUCUUGUCCAUAAGUGAUCUUUACAUUUGCUUUUUCUGAGAAAGUAGUCAUUUUAUUCCAUAGCUGGUGAAAAUCAUAUCGCUGUAGAGAAUGUAUAUAGUUUGCUCUUGACUGCACCUUAUUUUCCUUAAGCGUGUAGUCAAACCAGUGCAAUAUAUCAGUUACCACAGCAAUCCUUGAGGUAUAUUGCAGCAAAAAAAGUGCUGUUGGCCAUUAGUUGUGAAGAAGUUUUUAAUAACAAAUUGCCAAUACAGUAGUUCACCAUGUUUCAUUGAUCAAGCAAAAUAUUGAUCUAAACCAAAUUAUUCAUCACAGCUUUUUUAUUGUAACUAAUGAAAUGGAGAAAUUUCAAGAUUGUUAUCUUCAUUUUCAUAUUGAUAAAUUGAGGUUUACUGCUGAGUUGAUGAGCCUGGAUUUAACUUUGCUCACUACAAGUUAGUCAUGGGUACAAAAAUGUUAGAUGAGACAUUACUGUAUUUGUGGGAAAGUAUUAGCCUUAAAAUUAUACUAUUUAAUUAACAUUCUACUGAAAGUGCUCCUCCUGCAUGAAAAUCAACUUAGCCCUAUGCAGUUGGACUGCUAGGUAUUUCUUAGCUUUUUAAGGGCUUCAUUUUGCAUUUAACAAUUGGAAAAGAGCUGACCCACUGACAAAUUGCAGGCCAAUUCACAUCUUACUGCUCAUCUGGAUGGGAUCAUUAACCUGUGUACUUCUCCUAUAGCCUUAUGUAAGUAACUGAUUAGUAGCACAGGGCUGAGACACUGAUCUGCAGUGUUGCAGUGAUAGAUCUCCACUUGUGUUAAUGAAUCUCUUUUUUUCUAAUGCUAGUGACGGGAAAAUGACCCUAUGAUCAACAGUAGAUCUCUCUCUUUGCCCUUACCCACCGACCCACCCUACCUCCUGAAGACAUUUAAUACUAUAAGUAGCAAUUCAAUAUUGCAAUUCUGGUGUACAUUUAAUGUUUGAUCUUGGAAAGUUAAAUCUUAAAGUAAAUGUGCCAAAAAUUCUAGAGUAAAAUAUUGUUCUUUGAGUACAUGGAUAGAGUUCAAGGCAUAUUACAUUGCUUUCUUAAAAAUUAGACUACCAAAAGUCUAAGGAAAAAGGUAAUUGGUUUGCUAAACCCAAGAAUGCUCCAAUACUUUGACCUUAUGGUGACUUAAUAUUGUGAAAUUAAUGGUGUUUUGUUAUGACAUUGGUCGUGUUAGCAGGUUCAAUGUGACUAUUAGAAAUUGUCUGGAAAUAAGCCAAAUUUCAAACUUGUAUAAUCAGAGGCUGAGUUGGAAAAACAUGAUGUGAAACGUGCAGUAAAACAGCUCUUGAGGCUCCCUUUUUGUGCUGUUCAAUUAGAAGAGCUAAUCUUUUUGCCUAAUGUGCUAUAAAUACAGGGUAAUUGAUCUACAGUCAUGAAAAUGUAGUGCUUUACUUUUUGACCUACAAAGUUAAUGUCCUUUCUGGAGCUUUAGCAAAAGGUUUUUAAAAUUGCACAAUAAAAGCAAAGGAAAGUUGUUACAUUCAAAGAAGGAGGCACUUGCAUAUUGAGACCAAAUUCAGACUGAAGAUCUUCAGUUAAAAUUGCAGUGCUUGUUGAUCCAUGAAUGUGGAUUGUCAUUGUUUAGUGUGCUGUCCCCUACCAAUCUUUUGCAGUCUCAGAAGUUGAAAAUGCAGGAAAAAAUGUCUGUUUUGUAGAUGAGCUGCUUUACAAAGUUACUUGGGAAUGUUAUUCUAUGUGGAAAUAAUGGGGUGGGAUAGGGCGAAAAAGAGGGAACAGAUUCUAGGAGCAUUUUGUACUGGGGCAGAAUGCUAGAUGUGACUGAACAUUUGGGACAUGUUUACUGAAGCGUCGCUAUGUGGUUUACAGAAGGAUUUGCUUCAAGAGAAUCCUCGUUUGUUUCUACCUCGUAUUCAGGGUGUCACCCAAGUCAUGCUGGAUGAUGUAACACUGCUUGUUCUCUCUACGGUUGGUUUGUCCUCUUACUGCAAAUUUAUUUCAUUAGAUUGUCUCCAAGAACCUUUACACUUCUAUGCAAUUUUUAUGUAUUCAGAUUUGAAACACUGUAAUGGUACCACAAUCUCUCUUUAUGUUGGUCCCUCUGCAUCGAACAUAAACAUUGUUGUGAACCAAUAUUUGAACAUUUUUUGAUUUUUGUAUUUAACAUUGAUUUGUAGUUUGGACAGGUGCCAUUUGAAUAUUCAAAUAAUUUGUCUUAGGAAGAAUAUUUGACAUUCAUUGCAUUUGUUAUUUCAGCAAUAAAGAAUUUAAAAUGUG